AUGCUGCAUCCCUUUGUAUUUCCCUUUGUAUUGUUUCUGCUGAUGGCUGCUGGACUUAUAUUCUUUUGCACUACCUGCAUGAUCCUAUGCGUAGCUUACGGAAGAUAUCACGAACGAAGAUAUUAUCAUAGCGGUCCCAUAGCAACAGUCCAUCCUGUACCGUUCGUAACGCCAGGAAGCGCAUACCCGGCGUAUCCCCCACCGCCACCUAAUCCGUCAUUAUAUGAGGCCAGUCAGUCUUCUUCAGCGGUAAUCUCGUCUCAGCCCACGAUCAAUCAACCCAACGCAAACGCCUCAAUCUGUGCUGAGCAAUUCAUUGCUAACACCGAUACGUCACCACCCCCGCCCUACUGUAGCGUCGUAAACCCACCCAAAUCAUCGUCAUAA